AUGCCUCAGGAGACAGAGCCCCUUGCAACCGAUCAAAACACACAGCAAACGACUGGUAAAGGAAGAGCAUUGCUACACGUGCCAUCCAGGACAUCUUCCCAGAGACACCAGUCUUCGCCGACGGCUUCCGGAUUGAGCGGCGCCACGGCCAACGAUUCACGCCAGAGCCUCGGAGAUCUCUCCAAAGAAUCAGCAAGCAUGCGGAGCCGACAACGCAACGGAAGCGCCUCCAGUCGUCGGUCUGGUGCUGACACAGAGCCUGCAUCUACUCCCAUUAAUUCUCAGCCCAGCUCGCCCGCCGCGGCACCCCACAAAAAGAAGAAGAGCGGCGGCCUCCUGUCCCUUCUAGGCUGUUGUGGUGGCGUCCCAGAUUCGACGAACAACGGUGAGGGGAGCGAAGAGAACGUCCACAAACUCGACAAGCUGCCAAACCGGCCGGGAUCAUCUUCGCGCCCGACAGCCCACACUCCCCCCGACCAACAGCCGACGGUGAAUGUCAACAAGUCUCGGCUGAACGAGAAGGCUCCAGCGACGACCGACGCGCCAAGAAAGGACUCCGCGGCGAAGGAUAAGAGGGCUUCUAACACGAGCACACACGAUCAGUCUACCGUAGGCGGAGAGCGACCCGAGAGGGAGUCCAAGCAAUCCAUUAUUCCUCCACCCUCAGUCCAGAUCCAACCACCGAACAACGGAUCGAUAAAAGAGGCACCCGUCGCGCCAGAUUCAACCGUGCCUAGUGAUACGAAGGAUGAGGAGGGUGAUAUCAAGAUGGCUGAUGCUGACAUUGAGGAACCUCAACCGCAACAUCAAGAGCAGCACGAUGAUCAGUUGCCCCAACAGGAACAGCAGCAGCAGCAGCAACAACAAGAGGAAGAAGAAAUCAGGCAAGAGCCCAACACCGACGAACCCGUGUCACAAAUACCACCGCCGCCUCCCGGACCCAGUCCCUCCACUACAGCUCCCGUCCACGAUCUUUCCGAGUCAUCUGAUUUCGCUCCAGAGCACCAGCAAAUCUCGUUAUUACCACCCAUUCGGCCCGAGCACAAAGGAAGGAAAUGCCUGGUACUCGACCUCGAUGAAACUCUUGUCCACAGCUCCUUCAAGAUCCUACAUCAAGCCGACUUCACGAUCCCAGUAGAGAUUGAGGGCAAUUACCACAACGUCUAUGUCAUCAAGCGACCUGGUGUAGAUGAGUUCAUGAAGAGGGUAGGAGAACUCUACGAAGUUGUCGUUUUCACGGCUUCUGUCUCCAAGUAUGGCGACCCUCUCUUGGAUCAACUCGAUAUCCACAACGUUGUUCACCACCGACUUUUCCGCGAAUCCUGCUAUAACCACCAAGGCAACUACGUCAAAGAUUUGUCGCAAGUUGGAAGGGACCUAAAAGAUACCAUUAUCAUCGACAAUUCUCCCACUUCUUAUAUAUUCCACCCACAGCACGCCCUGCCGAUAAGUAGCUGGUUCUCGGAUGCGCACGAUAAUGAGCUUUUGGACCUUAUCCCCGUCCUCGAAGAUCUAGCCGGACCCAACGUCAGGGAUGUCAGCCUCGUUCUCGACGUUACUCUCUAA